GAACAGCUACGGAGUACAGAGGCUUAACCCGCCUGGGACACACCAACUGAUUACACAUACACACACCCGCGUGCCGGCGCGUGUCGUUUAGACCCGACGAAAACCGAAAGGAGGGUUACAGGCUGCUGUCAAUCGGCCAUCGCCUGCCACCGCUGGGCUUCGCUAUGCGCCUGCUCACUCAUAAUGUUCUCCGAUCCCCGAUGAAGGGAGUGGUGGAGGGCUACCCCCUACGCAUCGAGGCGACCGACGUACAGAUGGUGGAAUCAGAGGUCAAAAAAGAGUUCGUCAAGCACAUGGCGACCACUUUGGACUGGGGGGCGCUCUGCAAAGCGGCAGCCGAGAUUGGCAUGCCCGAGGGGUCUCUCCCACCAGCGUUAACGCCGGAGCUUCUGGAAGACUCUUCCUUCUUGGAGGCUUUGCAUCGCGUCUUGAUGGACAUGCACGUCGUGGAGGGCACUCUCGUCUGUCCCGAGACCGGACGCAGGUUUCCCAUCGCUGAAGGUGUUCCGAAUCUCAUGUGCACCGAGGACGAGGUGCGAUGACGUACCGUACCGGCGCGAGAACCUCAGCCUCGUCCGAAUUUCUCGGGCGCCUGAGCGGGGGGGUGUGUGUACUCAUAGCCGUCUAUGCCGUUCUCGUGAGACCAUUGACCUUCCUAUCCAUACAAAACCGGAACGGAGUACGUCGGGUUUUCACCCGAUCAGGCUAUCACACCACCAAGUGCGAAUCGCUCGCCCGGCGAGUCGCAUGGAGCGUGCGCUGGGAGCGGGGGGGUGAUGGCGAUUUUUGGAGCUUCCAGCCCGACUUUCUGGACCACGAACAGGGCGGAAUGGUUGAGCGACCAGGGCAACCCUACAGAAGAUGCGUCGCCAUGGUGCUGCUGGUAGUGAUAUUGCCUACCGCCACGUGGUGGCUUGUCGUUUGUGGAUUGGGGAGUUUUUGUAUGAUCGCCCCCGGCGCUGCACCUCUCCUCCCGUGCCUCUGGCCCCCCUGUCCUUGGCGGUGAGCGGUGCACAACCAACGACUGACGUGAAACUCCCACUUGGGCGCGCGUCCUUAUACCCGGUUUAAUCGGAGGAGGGGGGAGGGAAAAAAGUUUUUGCCGUGGGGGGGACAGCUCAAACAACGGGCAGAGCGUACCCUAACCGCCGCCACCCUCAGCCGCCUCUCCCUGUUCGACUUUCUUCAGCUGCUGGGCCACAGCUACAGUCAGUCGGGAGCAUGUCUGCCAGCUCGUAAUCUCUGUAUGGCCGAAGAGCAGUCAAUCGCGUUGUUGCCCGCUUUUUGGUUGAGACACCUGGUUGUAGUUGUAUGUGGCUUCGGAGGGAAAUAGUGUUCUUUCCGGUGUCUACCACGGUGCGGUGAUUCGAGGCACCGCGCCUCACAUGGUUGCAGCAACACUGACGACGAUACCGUACUGGUGGCUCUACUGUAGUACCCCAAGACCAGGAGAGAAACAAAUGUAACAUAGGCAGGGACCACCAGGGGGGCCGUGACUUGGACUUUGUUUUUUGGUGGUGGUGGUGGUGGGGGGGGGGAUUUCAUUCNGUGUAUCUUUUUCUCUUUGGAAGGUAUACACCAAACGAGCGCCCUACCCUGCCAUGUAUCUAAGCGCAACCUGAUUGACCGGUGGUCUGUCUUCAACGGGAUGGUACACAUGGCCUCAACCACCACAGGACUGCCGCUUUGUGUGGUUUGACAUUGAUGUGCAUGGAAAAUAGUUUUUUACCAUGACCGUUCUUUCGUACGUUUUUCUUCCCGUGUUUCUGGGCGCCUAGGACAAGUUUUCGUCGCGCCUUCGUCGUUGCUCCCUGAGCAUCUGCGCACCAACACGCAAACACGCAGCGCGCACGUACACAGUGACGCUGAGAUUUGCUGCCGACGUGUCAACAGUCUUGUAAGACGGGCGAUGGGAUCGCUACUCAGGCCGCUGGGCGUCGGCUUUAAAUAUUGUGUUUGUUUUUUUUGUCUUAGCUUUCGGUGUGUGUCAUUUGGGGGGGGGGG